AUGCUGAUGACGGCACUAAAAUCAUGCCGUUUAGCGCUUCAAGUUCGCUGGCUAAGUACAGGCACGAAAGCGACGCAGUUUAAAGUGGAGAUGCUAAACGGUAAGGAUGCAGGCAUUGCGCUCUUCACGAUGGAUCGCCCCGAGGCACGCAACGCACUGGGUCGUCAGUUCAUGGCCGAGUUCCGCCAUGCACUGGAUCAGGUCCGAUAUGACCCUAAAGUCCGCGUUGUGAUCAUGCGAAGUGCUGUUCCUAAAGUGUUUUGCGCGGGUGCAGAUCUGAAGGAACGUCUGGGUAUGACACCACAGGAGGCAGCGGCAACUUCCCGUAGUUAUCGUACGGGGUUUACUGACCUGGAGCAACUUCCAAUGCCGACAAUUGCUGCCAUAGAAGGAGCAGCCCUUGGUGGAGGGAUGGAGAUUGCACUUGCCUGUGACCUCCGCAUUGCUGGAGCCAAGGCGAUCCUUGGUUUCCCUGAAACGUCCCUGGCAAUCCUUCCUGGAGCUGGUGGUACCCAACGUGCAGCUCGGUUGAUCGGAAUUUCAAAGGCCAAGGAGCUCAUCUUCACGAGCCGUCGUCUAGACUCCGAAGCUGCCGAGAAGAUUGGUCUUGUUGAUUACGCUGUACCUGAAGGAAAGUCCUACGACAAGGCACUGGCGAUUGCACGUGAGAUCCUGCCCAAUGGACCUCUUGGCGUCCGCAUGGCGAAGGAAGCGAUAAUGAGAGGUUAUGAAGUGGAUAUUUCCUCUGGUAUGGCUAUCGAGAAUGCCUGUUACGCGCAGGUGAUCCCGACCAAAGACCGCAUUGAAGGAUUACUGGCUUUUAAGGAGAAGCGCAAGCCGCAGUACUCGGGCGAAUAA